AUGGCGUCGUUCCUAGAAAAUGCGUACAGCUUGGUCCAUCUGGACAACACUGCUGAUCAGCCUAACGUUCAGGAGCUGAAGAUGCAGUUAGAGAAAGGCACCGAUGAGACGAAAAUGGAGACAAUGAGGCGGAUCAUUACGAUCAUGCUGAAUGGCGACCCAAUGUCUCAACUGUUAAUGCACAUCAUUCGUUUCGUCAUGCCGUCAAAAAGCAAAUCUCUAAAGAAGCUACUUUAUUUCUAUUAUGAGAUCUGCCCGAAGCAUGACUCGAAUGGAAAGCUCAAGCAGGAAAUGAUCCUGGUGUGCAACGGUAUUCGCAACGACCUUCAGCAUCCUAAUGAAUACAUUCGAGGCAAUACUCUCCGCUUCCUGUGCAAGCUCCGUGAGCCCGAACUCAUCGAACCCCUCCUCUCCUCCGCACGCUCAUGCCUCGAGCACCGUCACGCAUACGUGAGAAAGAAUGCCGUCUGGGCCGUGGCUUCCAUCUUUCAGCACUCGGAGUCCCUCAUCCCGGAUGCACCAGAAUUGAUCCAGACGUUCCUCGAGUCGGAGACUGAUAGUACCUGCAAGCGCAAUGCGUUCGCCGCUCUGAUGUCCAUCAGCCACCAGAAGGCCCUCGAAUAUCUUGCAUCCACAUUCGACAGCAUUCCUAAUACCGACGAGCUCCUUCAGUUGGCAGAGCUCGAAUUCAUCCGAAAGGACGCUGUGCAGAAUACUCAGAACAAGGGGAAAUAUUUACGACUUAUCUUUGAUCUCCUCGAAGCACCGACAAGUACUGUGGUAUACGAAGCCGCCACAUCGCUCACGGCCCUUACCAGUAACCCAGUAGCGGUUAAGGCUGCAGCGAGCAAGCUGAUCGAACUGUGUAUUAAGGAAGCCGAUAACAACGUGAAGCUUAUUGUACUCGACCGAGUUGAUCAACUGAGGAGCCGCAAUGAGGGUGUUCUGGACGACCUCACCAUGGAGAUUCUGCGUGUUCUUUCUAGCCCUGACAUCGACGUUCGGCGCAAGGCGCUUGGUAUCACCUUGGAGAUGGUCUCGAGUAAGAACGUUGAGGAGGUCGUUAUGCUGUUGAAGAAAGAGCUCGGAAAGACAGUCGACGAGCAAUACGAAAAGAACAGCGAAUACCGCCAACUCCUGAUUCAGUCGAUACAUCACUGCGCCAUCAAGUUUUCUGAAAUCGCAGCAAGCGUUGUUGAUCUUCUGAUGGACUUUAUUGCGGACUUCAACAAUAACUCUGCAGUCGAUGUAAUCUCCUUCGUCAAGGAAGUCGUCGAGAAAUUCCCCAAGCUCCGUGCUGCCAUUGUUGGUCGCCUUGUUUCAACUUUGAGUGAGGUUCGCGCCGGAAAGGUCUACCGUGGUGUUCUGUGGGUCGUUGGAGAGUAUUCGCUAGAAGAGAGAGAUAUCCGCGAGGCCUGGAAACGAAUCCGCGCAAGCCUGGGGGAGAUACCUAUCUUGGCAUCUGAACAACGCCUGCUUGAUGAGGUGCCAGAUGAGACUAUUGUCAACGAGCAGGUCAACGGCCAUGCUAAGGCGUCAGCUCCCACUGGCUCACGGAAGGUGCUGGCUGAUGGCACAUAUGCCACCGAAAGUGCUCUGACGAGUGAAUCCGCUGCUGCCGCCAAACUUGCAGCCGUGAAGGCUGCCCAGAAGCCUCCUCUCCGUCAAUUGAUUCUCGAUGGCGACUAUUAUCUGGCUACUGUUCUCUCAUCGACAUUGACAAAAUUGGUCAUGCGCCACUCAGAAGUUUCAGAGGAUGUCGCCCGGACGAACGCGCUGCGUGCUGAGGCAAUGUUGAUCAUGAUUUCGAUUAUCCGCGUGGGACAGUCUCAAUUUGUCAAAGCUCCCAUCGAUGAAGAUUCCAUCGAUCGUAUCAUGUGCUGCGUUCGUUCGCUCAGCGAAUUCUCUCAGCGGAAGGAGCUGGAGACAACUUUCUUGGAAGACACUCGCAAGGCGUUCCGUGACAUGGUCCAGGUGGAAGACAAGAAGCGGGCGGCUAAGGAGGCCGUUGAGAAGGCCAAGACUGCCGUCCAGAUCGACGACGCAAUUCCCAUCCGGCAGUUCACCAAGAAGUCAGGCGUUGAAGGCGCAGAAGAAAUUGAACUUGAUCUGGUCAAGGCUACCGGUGGCGAUUCGACCGUGGAAACCACACCGUCGAAGUUGAGCCGAGUCGUGCAGCUCACUGGCUUCUCAGAUCCCGUGUAUGCUGAGGCUUAUGUCACAGUCCAUCAAUUCGACAUCGUCCUGGAUGUUCUCCUCGUUAACCAGACCCUUGAAACCCUACAGAACCUCUCUGUUGAAUUCGCCACGCUUGGUGAUCUUAAGGUCGUUGAGCGACCUACCACGCACAACCUUGGCGCUCGCGACUUCUUGAAUGUGCAGGCUACAGUCAAGGUGUCGUCUACAGAUACGGGUGUCAUUUUCGGUAACAUUGUAUACGACGGGGCCAGCUCCACCGAAACACACGUUGUCAUUCUCAACGAUAUCCAUGCGGACAUCAUGGACUACAUCCAGCCUGCCCAUUGCACCGAGACCCAGUUCCGGACAAUGUGGACCGAGUUUGAGUGGGAGAACAAAGUCAACAUUAACUCGAAGGCGAAAAGCCUUCGUGAGUUCCUGAAACAGCUCAUGGAGAGCACCAACAUGGCCUGCUUGACUCCAGAAGCUUCACUCAAGGGAGAUUGCCGGUUCCUGAGUGCCAAUCUGUAUGCCCGGAGCGUAUUUGGCGAGGACGCACUUGCAAAUUUGAGCAUUGAGAAGGAGGGUGACGACGGUCCCAUUACGGGAUUCGUGCGGAUAAGAAGCCGUUCCCAGGGUCUGGCUUUGAGCUUGGGCUCACUCAAGGGCCUCAAGGCUUCGGCGGCAUGA